AUUUUGGAAUCUGCAUUAAAAAAAAAAAAAAAAAUGGUUAUGCUGUUUAUUUGAAGGAUGAAUAGGUUGUCGACAAGAAUGCAGGAACCCAAAAGGCUUCAGUCCUGGACUUGCUGAGGAUAUACUCUUUUGGGGAUAAUCAAAUUUCAAUCCCAAAAUCCUACUUUCUCCUCUCAAGUGAAUUCUAACCCUAGUUAUUUGCAUGAAGGGAGGAGUUCAAUCCAAGCAUUAGUGGCACCUAUGGAUUUGGAGGAUAGGAGCAUUCCAUUUUUAACAGCAAUUGCAGCCAACAAUGGAACAUCUGGCUUAUUUGAGGUGAUUCUCAUUAUUCUAUGAAGUUAGCUCUCACAGGAUGCCGAUAUACUGUCCCUUGCAAUUUAAAGCAAGACGUGGAUAGCAAUAGUUUUAUGAGGACCUUGAGGGUUCACUAAUCGGCCUAAUUAUGUUCUAUAAAUGGAAAGUAUCCUUUUUUCAGGCAGAUUGGUGGUUGAGUUUCACAGUUCAUGGAUGGAUCUACGCUCCAUUAGUAAUUUGGAUCAUUGCCCAUUAUUCCCAAGAUGAGGUAAAAUCUACUGGGAUCCAUUUCCCAAGAUGAGGUUGAUAUGGAAGAGAGAAUAGAUAAGGAUUUUUCAGCGGUUGAUCAUAAUGGUUCGUGUGCCCAGACAAGCCUCACAUUGAAACCAAAAAGAAAUAUCAGUACAAAAAGAUAUUCAGGAGAUAUGUACUUUCUUCUAUGCCUAAAACUUCAUUGUUCAACUGCAGGCACCCCCUGUGAUAGUAUUCUCUUCAGCUUGUGUAGGAUUGGCAGGCCAGAGAUUUUCCUUAUAUGUUAUUUUGUCUAGUCUUUGAUUUUAUUUGGUGAUGAUUUCAAUACCAUCAAAUUGACAGAUUUUUACUGUGUUUUUGUGAUGUCUAAUGAUAUAGAAUUAUGUUGUAGAUACUAACCAAAAAAUCGCCCUUUAUGCAUAAAUACUUUAUAAUGUUCUCUUCAGCUAGAAACCUGUGUCAUUGUUGGGCUAAAUUUUGUAGCCUAUUAAGUAUGCAAUAUAAUAUGAAGGAGUGACUUAACUCAAAACACAUGGAAUUGAUGUUACAUUAGUCCAAGCAAAUUUGUCUCGAGAGUCUUCUUUCGGUAUAGGUGCCCUUAAGCUUUUCUUGGAAGUAUCUGUGAAAUCAUUAAGACAUAUUUUUAUUGUCCAGAAAAUCACUUGGAUACUUCCGAAAUCAAGUUAUUAGAAAAGCAAUAGUCAUGUUUUAUAUAGGAUGGAGUCCACCGCAGCAAGAUUUGGUUCCUCUAUUCAUGUGUGAUGUGCCAAGACUAGGAUGUCAGGGCUUUGCUAGUAAUUUGAGAAGUUAUGUUGAAUGCUGAGCAAUGGUUUCGUAUGUUGUUAAGAGCUUCAUCCUUAAAGGGCUGCUUAAACCUGAAUUGAUUCUCUUAACUGGCUAAGUACUGUUGUUCUUGACUAUACCAUCUUAGACAACCCUUUUCCAUCUUAUAUACGUUUUGUAGAAUGACGUACAGUUGAUACCUCAUGUCUAUCCCUUGAAAUGCGAGCUUAUCAUUAUGCAUCGAGUGUACAAAGACCUGAAUUGAAGGAUAACAGAUUGAUUGUUUUGUUUGUUUCUCAGACUCUAUAUGAGAAUCUUGCUUCGAAGGCUUGCCCUUGGCCUAUAUAUUUGAAUUAAGGUAAACAAGGUUUCCUUGGCUAUUGUCAUACUUCACAUAGGCAAUCAAGUAUGAUGUUGGAGCCUAAUUAGGAGGCACACUCUGUAAAGCAUAAUAAAUGGCUAGGGACUCAUGGAGUACAAAAGACAAGCUAUCUAACCCCCUGCAGUAACAGAAAUAAGGAGCCAUCCUUUUUACAUUAAAGCUGCCCAAUAGAUGCAAAUGGAAAUAGUAAUUUAUGCCUGGUUAUUGUUUUUGGACCACAAAUGAAAAAAUGUCUCCAGUGUCAAAUGCCAAUUGCAUUUACUUGGAGACAAUUGUUGAGUUUUUGUGAAGACUAGGAUCUCUUAAAAGUGGAAUUGUUGUGAUUUUAAUCAUCCUAGAAGCUAUUAUUCUGAGAGCUGUAUAAUCAGUGACGCUUAAUUGCAGGAGUAGGGCUGUUUCUGUUGUGGUUUUUGAAGAGAACGCAAUUGGGUCGAGUUCUUCAGCAGGUAAGAUAAGAUCUAUAUAUUUUGCUGCAAUAGACACUGCCGCCGCAAUAGAAACUAUUGUAGCAAUGGUGUCACUAACACCGCAAAAGCGGCUCGCCGCCAGUGUGCUUAAAUGUGGUAAAAGAAAAGUGUGGCUCGAUCCCAACGAGACCAACGAUAUUUCCAUGGCCAAUUCAAGGAUGGCCAUAAGAAAGCUUGUAGAGGGUGGUUUCAUAGUGAAGAAACCAAAGAAAAUCCAUUCACGUUCACGGUGGCGGGAAGCACAAAAAGCAGAAAGAAAAGGUAGGCACUCAGGAGGAGAUGGGAAGCGGAAGGGGACAAAAGAGGCAAGGCUGCCGUCAAAGACGCUGUGGAUGAGGAGGAUGAGAGUGUUGCGGCGGCUGCUUCGAAAGUAUCGUGAGUUGAAGAAGAUUGAUCGGCACAUGUACCAUGAGAUGUACAUGAGGGUGAAGGGAAAUGUUUUCAAGAAUAAACGCCUGAUUAUGGAGAACAUUCACAAGCUCAGGGCUGAAAAGGCUAGAGACAAACCACUUCACUUCUCUAUCAAAUAUUUGAGGCCAUGAAAGCCAAGAGGAAAGACUAAUGGGCCAAGUGAUGAAUUUAUUAUAUUGAUUAACUUUAGUGUUCAUUGAGGAAAGUUUUGCAAAUGAGUAAUGUUAUUUAGUAGACUGUUAUACGACUGUCAUACAAUUGGAAUAACGUGUUAGUGAAAAUCAAUUUUUUUUUUUUUAACAGAUGUUGAUCAAAUGGCUGAUUUUCACUAUCACAUCAUCUAGUUGUACCAUAGUCGUAUAUUAGCCUACUAAAUAGCAUUAAUCUUUACAAAUAUACGUGAGUAUUUUACUUUUUCUUUUUGCAUGAUUAUGUAUUUUACAAUUAUGUGAUGUUACUGAUU